AUGUCGAUGCCAAGGCAGUCCUCCUUUGCACAGCACCAGAUGAUGCAACAGCAGCCCGGCCAGCAGGGCCAGUUUGAUGCACAGUUCCAACAACCACAACAUCUGGUUCAACCUUCACAACACUUGAUCUCGUCAUUGCAGCAUUGUGUGACGUCUACGGCAAGCUGUGUUCAGACUAUGAAGGAGGCGAUUGAUACGCUCGAAUUUGCGAUUCAGGAUCAUCCACGAUUGAUGACGGUGCUUAAAUCUCAGCGCCACUUUGACCUGGUGUCGCAACGUGACAUUGAAGCAGCACGACAACAUGUAGCCAGCGAAGUGCGUCCGCACGUAGACGAACUCUGUCGUCGAGCAACAGCCGAGAUCCAACGUCAAGAUCGACGCGCCGUAGCGCUCAAGAACAAAAACGAAUCGCUCCAACAAAGAAUCCAAAACCUGCGCUCGAUCAACCUCCACCAAGCCAAACUCAACCAUGCCACCAGCGCCGACGACAAGCCCUCACAGCACUCGCCGCAAGUAUCCGAAUUAAAGUCGCAAAUUCAUCAACACGAGCUCAAGCUGGAGAGCUUGAACAACCGUAAACUUGCACUCCUCGCUACCGCGGACAAACUCGAAAACGAAAUCCACAGCCAUAUCUAG